AUGGAUCCCCAACGUGGUGCCGGCGUCGGCCCGGCCGCCCUUACACAGACCGACCUCGAGCCAGACUGGUCUUCGGUGCGGCCCAGGAGCGGUAUCGAAACGAGCAGCGGCACCGUACCGGCCAAACGGGAUCUGCCGGAGCCACGCCUUUCGUCCUCGCUGGGCGACUCAAACGCCCGGCCCUCGUUCCAGCGGCAUACGCUGCCUCGCAACGCCACCUUUCACGAUGUGCGGUCCUCGCGCCGGCCCGCCAUGCUCGACCGUGCCAGCAGCAACCGAGUCGCCUCAAUCGACCUCGGACUGCCGCCGGUGCGCCAGGCCGACGAGGCCACCGACUGGCGAGCCACGGCGGUCGGCGUCACGCCCCUCGAUCGCACAAUGGAUGCUAUCGGGAUGGGCCGCUACCAGUGGACGGUUCUCAUCCUCAGCGGCCUGGGAUGGACGGCGGACAAUAUGUGGAUCCAGGCGGUGGCCGUCAUCUUGCCGCAUGUCCAGCGCACGUUCGAGGUGACGGAUGCCAUCGUCGGGCUGGCGAGCUCCUCGAUCUUUGUCGGCAUGUUUGUCGGCUCGCUCGUGUGGGGCACCAUCUCGGACAGUUACGGCCGCAGGGCAGCUUUCAACAUGACGCUGCUCAUCACCGCCGUCUUCGGCACCCUCUCGGCGCUCUCGACGUCCUUUGGCACCCUCUGCGUCCUUCUAUUUGCCGUGGGCUCCGGAGUUGGUGGCUCCAUGCCGACCGAUUCGUCCAACCUGGUCGAGAACCUGCCGACCCGCAAGCACUCGUACGUCACCGCCCUCUCGGUGUUCUUCUCGGCGGGCGCAGUCAUCCCCUCAAUCAUCGGGCUGGUCGUUCUGUCGGACAGCGCAAGUUCUGGAUGGCGCUGGCUUCUCGGGUGCUUGGCCGCAGUUACGAUCACCUUUGUCUCGGCGCGCGUCGUCUUCUUCCGCCUGCUCGAGUCGCCAAAGUACCUCGUCCAUGCCGGCCGGCCGCAGGAGGCUAGGGACAUCCUGCAGAGGAUCCAGCGCUUUAAUGGCGGCAACGAGGUCACCAUCAAGCUUCGCGACGUCUGCGAUGAUGCCGUACAGGGAAAUCCGAGCGGUCAAGGGAGCGCAGGCCCUUCAACACCGAGGCAGUCGACGUCGACGCGGGGUACAGUUCCGAAGCGGUGGCAGCCCACCUCGAGGCUGCGUUCGGGUCAAAAGGGCUAUCAAAGCCUGCCGACGGGCGACGAGGAAGAUGAGGAAGCGGUAGAAGAGCAGGGCCGCAUGGACGCUGGCGAGGGGGCUGGCUCGCUGGCCGACGACGACAACGAGGAGCCGGGCCAUACCGUCGACUUCGAGCUGCCUGGGUGGCUGGCGGCGCUGCCAGAGGCCUGGCAUCCUACCGUCGCGGACCUGCUCUCGCGCUAUGCCGAGCUCUUCUCCGAAGAGUGGAAGCAGACGACGAUCCUCGUAUGGAUCAUCUGGGGCGGGAUGUCGUUCGCCUUUACCACGUUCAACGUCUUCCUGCCCAAGCUGCUCGAGGAGCGUUACGGCAAGGCGGACCCAUCGGCUCCGAGCGGCUCCAAGGCUGCCAUGGUCGACUACCUCGUCUACAACGUCUCGAGCCUGCCGGGCAGCUUGAUCUCGGCGUACCUGGUCGAGACGCGGCUGGGGCGCAUCGGGACGAUGGCGAGCUCGACGGCGCUAACGGGGUUCUCAGUACUGGCGUUUGCGCUGACGUCGUGGCGGGCCAGCCUGACGCUGAUCUCGAUUGCCGCCUCGAUCUCGUACGCCGCCAUCUACGGCUACACGCCCGAGGUCAUGGGUCCCAAGAUCCGUGGCACGGCGUGCGGCUCUGCGUCGGCCAUCAGCCGGGUCACGGGCAUCGUGGCGCCGCUGACGGCGGGGCUGCUCUUCUCGAUCAACAGCAACCUGCCGCUCUACCUGGCAUUUGCGUCGUUUGCGGGCGUCUCUGCGGCCAUGACGAUGCUGCCCAUCGAGACGAGGGGCCGAGGAGGCGGUGGGCAGGGCGACGAAGGGCCGGCCGUCGGUGGCGCCGACCACUGA